AUGACGGAUUACAGGAAACAAGAAAGAAAACAAAAAGGGUCAGGAGUGUAUAGUGCAAUGGAAGAGGAAGAAGGCUGCGCGGUAGAAGGAGGUGGUGAGCGAGGAGGUAGAAAAGGAGAAGAAGAGAAGAAGAAGAGGAAGAAGAAGAAGAAGAACGAAGUCGAGAUAUCAAGGAAAGUCGAACGAUGA